UAUAUUCACAUGCACCAAUAACAUAUCCUCAAGAACAUGCACUAAUUAAAUGGCACGUUUCAUCUACUACGACACCAAACCCCGAUCCAAAAAACUCCUCCUUCUCCUCAACAUAUCCUUCAUUUAUCUCACCUUUCUCUUCCUCAAAACCUAUCUCCACCCUUCUUCUAGUCCUAAUAUUGUUCAUGCCUCCACAAAAAUCUUCAACCAUGCUAGAAUGCUAAGUGACAUCAGUGUUGAUGGCUGCACUGAUCUUCACAAGUACUCAGAUUAUGACUCCAAGUGCUUAUAUGUCAAAUCCAAUGUUCACUGCAGGUCAAAAGGGUACAUAAACUAUCUCCAAAUCUUCUACUGCAGCUUUGGCCACUCCCCAAUUUUGGGUCAUUCACUGCUUGUAAUGUGGCUUGUGGUAUUGUUUUAUCUUUUGGCUGAUACAGCUUCAAACUACUUUUGCAAUAACCUAGAAGGUCUCUCUGACAUCUUAAGACUAUCCCCAACCAUAGCUGGGGUAACCUUGCUUUCUCUUGGAAAUGGUGCCCCUGAUUUUUUUGCAAGUGUUGUUUCUUUCACAAGAUCCAAUGAUGGGGCAGUUGGCCUCAAUAGCAUUCUGGGGGGAGCAUUUUUUGUCUCCAGUGCUGUUUUGGGGGUCAUAAGUUUCCUUGUUAGAGCAAAUGAAAUUGCAAUUGACAAGGCAAGUUUCAUUAGAGAUGUCAUCUUUUUCCUCUUCUCUCUUUUCAUCCUGCUUGUCAUCAUUUCCAUUGGUAAAAUUACCUUGCUGGGUUCAAUUUGUUAUGUUUCUAUAUACUUCCUUUAUGUCUGUGCUGUCUCUGCCACAUAUUUCAUCUAUGGAGGGGACAGGACAGAAUGUGAGCUUGUCUCAUCUUCUGAGGACUUGACAGAAUCUGGUAUACCCUUGCUAGGCUGUGUUGAUGAUGAGAAAUCAAAUGUAUCAAAUAAAGAGGUUAUUAAAGAUAAUAAUGGGGACAAACAAAAGUGUUUUGGUUAUGAUUCAUUUGACUUUACUUACUUGAGCAAGUUUCUACAAGUACUAGAGUUACCUCUUAGCUUGCCAAGAAGGCUUACUAUACCAGUUGUUAGUGAGGAGGGUUGGUCAAAGCCAUAUGCUGUUAUAUCAGUUACUUUGGCCCCAGUGUUGUUUGCAACUCUUUGUAACACCCAAAUGGAAAAUGUGAGUUCAAAGAGUAGUCUUGUUUCAUACUUGACAGCUGCUUUAAUUGGGAUUGUUUUGGGGAACAUGGCAUGUGUGACCACCAAGAGCACUAGUCCACCCAGAAAGUGCUUGUUUCCUUGGCUAGCUGGGGGCUUCUCUAUGAGUGUAACAUGGACCUACAUCAUUGCUGAGGAAUUGGUUUCCCUCUUGGUUGCAAUUGGGAGUGUCAUAGGGGUUAGUCCUUCAAUCCUUGGACUAACUGUCCUGGCUUGGGGUAAUUCUCUAGGGGAUUUGAUAGCCAAUGGUGCAAUGGCCAAGAAUGGUGGAGCUGAUGGGGCCCAAAUAGCUGUCUCUGGCUGUUAUGCAGGUCCUAUGUUUAACAUUUUGAUGGGCUUGGGCUUGCCUCUUGUUCUCUCAGCAUGGUCUGAAUACCCAGACUCUUAUGUCAUUCCCAAGGAUCCUUCUCUUUAUGCAACACUUUUGUUCUUGAUGGGAGGGGUGCUUUGGGCCCUUGUGAUAUUGAUAAAGAAGAAAAUGAAGCUUGAUAAGUCCUUGGGAGUUGGGCUCUUGACCAUUUACCUCUGCUUUUUGUUUAUAAGGAUGGCCAUAGCAAUUGGUGUUAUUAAAUUCUAGAGAUGCACUGUCAAAGGGAGAAGGCCCCUUUCCGAUGUAUGUCAUGGAACUUACUUUAUCAUGCAUUUUAGUUUUCAAAACGGUUAAUAAGACUCACAUGAAAAGUUAGUUA